GGGCAAGAGAGGCGCGUCUUGUGCCACGGACCAAAUGUGGAUCAAGAUGUGUCGAUGGUUUCAAUCACUUGCAUUUCCUCCCAUUCCACCAACUGUAAGUUAAACUGUUCUAAUCUUUUCUUCCACCCACUCACCAUUUCUUGCUUUCUAUUCUCCUCGUGAGGAGCGGAAGUCUACACACAAGUGAUGCGUGCCAACACGUCAAGGUUCGAUCCAAAAAUCUCGCGGCUCCUUGCACGGCUCAAAGAUUGCUCCGCUGCCAAAAACUUGGAGCAUGGAAGAACUGCUCACGCUGAUGCCAUCCAAACGGCCUCGCGGACGCUCGCAAGAUCUUCGACAAACUCCCGCACGACGAUGUGGUCCCUUGGAACGCACUCGUGCUGGGCUAUGCCGACAACGAUCAAGGAGAGCUCGCGCUCGAUCUCUUCUCCAGGAUGAGGCCAGAAGGAUGUUCUCCCAAUUGUCUCUCUUAUGUCGCUGCUCUAAAGGCUUGCAGUUGCUUGGCUUCCAGGGAGGAAGCAAGAGAAGCUCAUGGUCCCAGUGGCAAGGUUUUGGUAAGGUUUGCAUCGCUCGAGAAAGCCAGGGAAAUUCACAGGGAAGUCGACAGUUUUGGUGGAUGCCAGGACUUGGAUAUCAAGCUUCCAAACACGCUCAUCAGUGUAUAUGCCAAGUGUGGGAGCCUGGUUGACGCCUUCCAGGUCUUCCAGAGGAUGCCGAGCCACAGUUUGGUCUCCUGGACGGUUUUGAUACUUGGUUAUGCGGAGAAUGGUCAGGGCGAAGUGGCUUUGAGCUUGUUUGCCACCAUGAAAUCCAAAGGCUGCGAUCCGGACUGUCGAACUUUCGUUGCGGCUAUCAGGGCGUGCACAAGUCUAGCAGCGAAAGAAGAGUUUAAGCUCCUGAGCCAAGAAAAGCUCGUCAAGGUGGCGGCUCUGGAAAAAGGAAGAGAGGUUUACGUACAGGCUGUGGAGAGUGGCUCCUCCGACAAAGAUAUAUUCGUGGCAAACGCAGCGCUCGAUAUGUUUCUCAAGUGUGGAAGCCUCGAAGACGCUCGCCAGGUGUUUGAGAGGAUCCAGCGCCCGGAUGUUGUGUCGUGGACAACUUUGAUCGCGGGAUACUCCGAGAACCGCGAGCCAGAGCUGGCCCUCGAGCUGUUCCAACGCAUGCAACUCCAGCGAUGCUCUCCGAACGGACAGGCUCUCGUGGCGGUGGUAAAAGCUUGCAUUGCUCUGGCUGCGAUGGAAACCGGGCAGAAGAUAGAUGGAAAGGUUGUGAAGACGCAAAGCUUGGAGAAGGGAAUGGCCAUUCACGCGAUGGCUGUGUCGCAGUUUUACUACGACGCGGAUGUUUUCCUGGCGAGCUCGCUGGUGGAGAUGUAUGCAAGAUGUGGGAGCUUGCUCGAUGCUCGCAAAGUUUUCGACAGGAUCGUCUCGCACGACUCGGUGUUGUGGACGGCUUUGGUGCUGGGCUAUGCUGACAAUGGAGAGGAAGAGAUUGCUCUCGAGUUAUUCCGGUGCAUGAAUUCUCGAAGGUGCACACCAGAUUGUCGGACUUACGUUGCGGCGUUGAAGGCCUGUGCCGGGAAAGCAGCGAGAGAGGAAGGCACCGAGAUAUAUGGCAAGCUUGUCAAGCGAAAAUCGUUGGAAGUAGCAGCAGUUCUCCACGCUGAAGUUGCCGAGCGUGGUUUGGAAACGGACGUGUUCGUGGCGAGCUCUCUGGUGGAUUUGUAUGCGAAGUGUUGGAGCAUGGUGGAAGCUCGCAGGGUUUUUGACAGAAUACCAAGGCACCGUCGAGAUGUAGUUCUCUGGACUGCUCUGACUCUCGGCCACGCAGAGAAUGGAGAGGAAGGAGUAGCUCUGGACUUGGUUGGAGAGAUGCAAUCACAAGGAUCUGUGCCGAACUGGUUGACGUUCGUCGCGGCUUUGAAGGCAUGCACGGGCUUGGCCGGGAAAGAACGAGAACUUGGGAACCAUGGCAAGAAGAAGUUUGCAGCUCUCGAGCGAGGAAGAGAUGUUCACUCUCAGGCUGUUAAGUGCUGCUGCGACUCGAACGUUUUCGUGGCAAGCUCUUUGAUCGACAUGUACGCGCACUGUGGUAGCAUGGAGGAGGCUCGGAGAGUCUUCCUGGGAGGAGCUGCGCCACAACACUUGGUCUCUUGGACGUCACUCGUGCUUGGCUACGCUCGAAACGGUGAAGAAGCUCUGGCACUGGAGGCUUUUACUGGUUUGCGACCACAAGGCUGUGUCCCGGACACUCGAGCGAUCGUAGCAGCACUGAAAGCCUGCAUUGGUCUGGCCGAGAAAGAAGAUGGCAUUCAAGUCGAUCGAAAUUUUGUCAAGUUAGCAGCUCUCGAGAAAGGAAUGGCGGUACACUCGGAGGCAGCAGCAAAGUGUCCCGGUGACUUGAAAAACACCUUCGUCGCUAGCAGCUUGAUCGACUUUUACGUCAAGUGUGGAAGCAUGGGCGAUGCUCGGCGAGUUUUCGACACUAUGCCAGAUCUGGGCCUGGUUUUGUGGAGCACGCUCAUGCUGGGAUACGCCGACGAUGGAGAAGGCGACAUAGCACUGGAGCUCUACAAACUGGUCGACAAGAAUUACACCCCCGACGCUCAAACUCUGGCCGCUGCUCUCACCGCUUGUGCCAGGGUUGUGUCUCUCCAAGCUGGGAAAGAGAUCCACUCGGAGAUUUACAGGCGUGGCUUGGAGGGCGAUGGAGUUCUCGCGACGUGCCUGGUGGACUUUUAUGGCAAGUGUGGGAGAACCGAGGAAGCCCAGCUAGUGUUUGAUUCUCGCCAAGGAAGCUGGGACGUGGUAACUUGGACGUCGCUGAUAGCAGGAUACAGUCGCGUGGGCGAUACCAAGGUGGUGUUUGAGAGAUUUGGAGCUAUGGUCGAUGAAGGCCUUGGACCAAAUCACGUGACUUUCGUGAGCGUGCUUACGGUUUGUAGCCGAGCGGGGCUUGUCGAGAAAGGAAGGAGUGUCUUCGCAGCGAUGGAGUCCAGGUAUGGAGUGAAGCCCAGCGAGGAGCACUAUGUUUGCAUGGUGGAUCUGCUGGGACGAGCGAGGAUGCUUGAGGAAGCACUGGAGGUGGUGGAGUCGAGACCAAGGAGUGGCAUGGCUUGGAUGGUGCUGCUUGGGGCUUGUCACAAGUGGAGGGACGUGAAGCAUGGGAGGAUUGCGUUUGAGGCACUGGUGGUGUUGGAUCCAGAGAACUCAGCGGCUUACGAUCUUAUGUCUAACAUUUACAUGAGUUUUGGCAAAAAUUUCAAAUUUCGUAAAAAUUAAGAUGACAUUUUUGUUGUACCCACAAGGCAAUGUAUAUAUACCUAUAUAUGAUUCUUUCC